AUGGUAAUAACAUUGCGAGAGGAGAAGUGAAAACGUCAAUCGAGAUUCUAAAAACGCAGGAUUUGAUUAAAUAAUUAAAGCUUUUCGGCAGAUAUUCGGGCCAAUUACCGUGCAGACUCAAUAAAAGUGAAUUUUUCACUUAACAGACAUAAACAGCAUCCUGUUGCGAACCCCCCAGCACACACACACACACACACACGCAACCAUUAAUAUUUGUGAUCUAUGCGCUGCGCCUCCUUUGCUCGUACACACAAACACACGAACACUCGCACACACACACAUACACUGCGGUCGCCCCGUUCCGUCGCAGUUUUCACAGCUGCAACGCAAAUUCGAAAAAGGAGUUUGCAAAUUCGCGUCAAGUGUCCCGGAAAAGCGUAAUCAAAGCGCACUGCACUGAAUAAUCGGAUAAAAGAUGGAACAGACGCAGCAGCCGCUUUUAACUAGGAGGCUAAAGAACUGAACUGCAGCUGGGUGAGCCUCUGCGGGCGGCCAUGAAAAGCAUGUUCCGUCCUAUCAAAAAGAUUUUCACGUACAUACAGAAAAAUGCCAGCAAUGGGACAAUGUUUGGCAGCACAACUAGCGUAAACGGCGACAUUGAAGGCGUCAGCACCAGCAGCAGCGGCGGUGCAAGGUCGGAGCCGCCGAAGGAGUUGGUGUUGGAGCAGCAGCUGCAGGCGCUGGAGCAGGCGUCGGACCAGCAGCUCGAUGAUGAUGACAUUGAGCGUCAAAUAAAAACCUCGAUUAUCGAUGCAUCCAAGGUGCAUGCGGCCAAGACGAAAAUUGUGCUGCCGCUUCAGCUGCAGCUAGACGAUGAGCUGGCGGACUUUGCGCACGAGCCGGUGACACUGGCGGAUGAGGAUGACGAUGACCUGGACGAACAGUUUUUGGAGCUAGAGAAUUUUCCUAACAAUGAGAUUAUUGUUCUGAGCGACAAUGAGCUCAAUUCAUCGCUGGCCUCGGAUAACGUAUCCGAGGAUCCACUGGCGAUAGACGACUUUACGCAGCCGCUUCGACGCGAGGAGGACAACGAAGAGGAAGAGGAGGCGGCCGAGACUAGCGGUGAUUUGCUGUGGCUCAAACUGGACACGCCAUCCUCGGAGGCCACUGGCAGCAGUAGAAGCCUCAUUGUGCCCACUCCAGGCUGCAGUAGCUCAGCGGUAGCUGCAGCCAAGCCGCCCACAAAGACCAAAGAGGAGGAGCUGCGUAGCGACGGUGGCUCCGAUUCAGGAUUGGGCAGUGAAAACGAUAGACACAACACAAUGGGAACAACAGCAACCACAACAACCACGAGCGUGCCGAAACCGCUGCGCUCGAAUCUGAAGCGGCGCCUAGAUGAUGAUGCCAUGGAAUUGGCUCUGGGGCCCGACUUGAGCAGCGGUGUCAGUUGCUGCUCCAGCACACAGAAACGCUCGAAGCGUUGUAUUAACUUUGACAGCGUUAAGGUCUACUACUUUCCCAGGCAGCAGGGUUUCAGCUGUGUGCCUACCGCUGGCGGCUGUACGCUGGGCAUGGGCGCCAGGCAUAUUGCUUUCAAGACCAUGACGCUGGCCGAGCAUGCGGCGGAGCUGAGGCGAGCGCAUCGCAACCAAAAUCAGGAGCAGCAACAGCUGCAAGUGCGUGGCUCCAGCAGCGAUGACAGCGAGGAAUCCGAAGAGGAUUACCUGAGCGAGGGCAGCGGCUCCGAUGCGGACGAUGGCUCCAAUGGCUUCCUGCAGCCGGUGACACCCAAGCAGCGGCGUGCCCUGCUGAAAGCCGCCGGUGUGCGUAAGAUCGAUGCCAACGAGAAGAUCGACUGCCGGGACAUACGCAAUUCCCGCGAGGUGUGCGGCUGCUCGUGUCGCGAGUUCUGCGACCCGGAGACGUGCGCCUGCAGCCAGGCGGGCAUCAAGUGCCAAGUUGAUCGCGCCAUGUUCCCCUGCGGCUGCACGCGCGAGGCCUGCGGCAACACUGUCGGCCGCGUCGAGUUCAAUCCGACGCGCGUGCGCACGCAUUACAUACACACCGUCAUGCGGCUGGACAUGGAGCAGCGCCAGAGCCAGGGACCGCCGACCGCGAAUGGUGGCAAUGGUGGCUUGGUCUAUGGCAGCAGCGCCUCUGGCAGCAGCAGCCCUGGCGUCACAGCUGUUGCCGCUGCCGCCGCCGCCGCCUCACACUGCUUCUUCAUGCAGCCGCAGUCCAACUACAGCUCCGGCUAUGCCUCGCCAGCGUACACGCCCGAGACGAGCGUCAGCUACUACCAGCAACAACAGACUCCACAGUCGACUGCUUCCCCCGGCUCGAACAGUGGCACGGCGCAGCAGUCUAACUAUGCCGCCAGCUAUCCGCAGCUGGACAGCCUCGACUCGGGCCUCUUUGCCAGCGGUAGCAAUGCCACGCCCUCGUACGGUGAGCUGCUAACGCCCACCUUUCAUCAGACUCUCAGCUAUGGUAGCGCCCAGCUAAAUCCCUACACCGCCUAUCAACAGACGACCACUUCAUCCGGCGGCAUUGCGUCACCCGGCGCGUUCAGUUCGUGUGCUGUGCCGUCUGUGCCGCCGUUUGGCAAUGCCACCACCACCGCCUCGAAUGCUACGCAAUAUCAGCACGCGAAUGCGUUAGAAACUACCGCCGCAUCCCUGAAUACCAACAGCAGCAUAUCCAUAACGGCCAGCAGCUGCGCCACGGGCCUGGCACGGCUCGGCAGCGGCAGUGGCCCGGUCGACUUUAUUAGCCUGAAUGCGCCCAUUGGCAGUUCGUCGCGCAUCUCGCAGAUCAAUGAUCUAUUGCAGCAUAAUCGUAAUACCACCGUCGCUUUGGUGGCCGUUUCCGAGAGCUAUACCUCUGUGCGCAACAGCAGCAGCAGCAGCAGCAAUAGUAGCAGCAGCGGCGCCACAAACCCCACCAGCACCAUCGAUUCAAUUGACACGCCGCCCAUUGUGGAGGAGACGCAGCGUAGCUGCAUGACGUUCGAGGAGCUGCCGCCGCCGCUCAUCAAUCCGACGCCCAUUGUGGCCGUUGUUGAGCAGCAGCAGAACAAACAAAUACUAAGCGUGUCCACAACGCCGCAGCCGCGCCAGCCACUGGAUGCCAGCGCCAGCGUAGCCGAGUCUUUGUCAAGCAGCAGCAACUGAAGCGACGGCCUCCGGCAUAGUUUUUAUAGCAAUUUUACACAGCAGAAGACUUAAUAUUGUUUAAGUGGCAGCGAUGGAAUCAAAAUCCAUGUCGAGGAUCUAUCAUUUGUUUCUGGCCAGGCACAGCCGUGUGCCGGUCGCCUCGUCAUUUCGGACGUACCCUACUUCAGUGGCGGCAGGCGUCCAUAUAUAUAUGUGCAUAUAUGUUAAAUGCAUGCUCGCCUUGUAUAAAUCAGUUUUAAUUGUUGUAAUUCUAAUUAGUCUUAAGUACACAUUGUAAUUUAGUCACUUCGUUGAUUAGCUUUGGAUCUUAUAUUUUUCUCAACAAUAUAUCAACUAAUAUAUUUA